UUGUGUGCAGAAAGAAUGAAGUCUCGCUAACUUCAACCGGAAUGCCUCGUAAUUGUGACACACUCGAAGUAGCCCAUAAGGAUAGCAUAAGAAGUAUCGCCUCCAUCACUAUGGGGUUUGACUCUUUUUCCUUCUUCUAAUAACAAAACCCUGUUUCCUUUGCCUUCUCCUUCACUAGGCUCCCCAAGCAACAACAACAACUACUCUUUUUUCUCUUUCAUCGACGAUCUUCACUAAGCUCUUUCACUCAAACACACACCCUUGAUUAUAUCACUUUCUCUUGUUCUCUUACCGUAGAACAUUGCAUUUACUCCUAUCUCUCACUCUGGAUCUUCAACUUCUUCCUGAUUUUGCUGAUUUGGGGGAUUGAGUUGGAAGGGGAAACAUGGCUGCUUCUUCUGCAUCUCUUUCUGGUGCUUCUGCUUCGGAUCUUCUGAGGAGUUCAACCAGCGGUUUCAAUGGUGUUCCUUUGAGAACCAUGGGGAAGGGAAAGUUGGUUUUGAAGAGGAGGGACUUUACAGUUGCUGCCAGGCUGAGGAAGGUGAAGAAGCAUGAAUAUCCUUGGCCUGCUAACCCUGAUCCCAAUGUGAAAGGUGGGGUGCUGAGCCACCUUUCCUUGUUCAAGCCACUCAAGGAGAAGCCAAAGCCUGUCACUUUGGAUUUUGAAAGGCCUCUUGUUGAUCUGCAAAAGAAGAUCAUUGAUGUACAGAAGAUGGCGAACGAAACUGGACUGGACUUCAGUGAUCAGAUUCUCUCAUUGGAGACCAAGUACCACCAGGCUUUAAAGGAUCUGUAUACGCAUCUGACUCCUAUUCAGCGGGUCAACAUCGCACGGCACCCUAACAGGCCAACUUUCCUUGAUCAUGUGUUUAACAUAACUGAGAAGUUUGUUGAACUCCAUGGUGAUCGGGCAGGUUACGAUGAUCCUGCUAUUGUUACUGGUCUAGGGACUAUAGAUGGUAGAAGCUACAUGUUCAUUGGUCACCAAAAGGGUAGAAAUACUAAAGAAAAUAUUCAGCGUAACUUUGGGAUGCCAACUCCUCAUGGUUACAGGAAGGCCCUUCGCUUGAUGGAAUAUGCAGAUCAUCAUGGGUUCCCCAUAGUUACUUUCAUUGACACGCCUGGGGCAUAUGCUGACCUUAAAUCAGAGGAACUAGGACAGGGUGAAGCGAUUGCUCACAAUUUGAGAUCCAUGUUUGGUCUGAAGGUGCCAGUUAUAUCUAUAGUUAUUGGAGAAGGUGGUUCAGGUGGCGCCCUAGCCAUUGGAUGUGCUAAUAAAUUACUCAUGCUUGAAAAUGCUGUUUUUUAUGUUGCCAGUCCAGAGGCAUGUGCAGCAAUCUUGUGGAAGACAGCUAAAGCUUCUCCAAAGGCUGCUGAGAAAUUGAAGAUUACAGCCACUGAACUGUGCAAAUUACAAAUUGCAGAUGGUGUUAUACCUGAGCCACUUGGUGGUGCACAUGCAGAUCCAGAGUGGACCUCUCAACAGAUAAAAAAGGCUAUCAAAGAAACCAUGGAUGAGCUCACGAAGAUGAACACAGAAGAACUGUUAAAACAUCGCAUGCUUAAGUUCAGAAAGAUUGGUGGGUUCCAGGAAGGUAUUCCUAUAGAUCCUAAGAGAAAAGCCAACAUGAAGAAGAGGGAUCUAUCUAUUGCUAAGAUUCCUGAUGCUGAACUAGAAGUUGAGGUUGAGAAACUGAAGCAACAGGUUUUGGAAGCUAAGGAAUCUUCUCCUGUUCCUCCAAAACUAGAUCUGGAUGAGAUGCUAAAGCAACUGGCAAGGGAGGUCGAUCUAGAAUACUCUGAGGCAGUUAAAGCCACGGGCUUGACAGACAGUUUGUUGAAACUAAGGGAGGAAGUUUCGAAAGCAAAUGCAGAUAAUCAAAUUGUUGAUCCAUUGCUGGAGGGUAAGAUAGAAAAGCUAAGGGUGGAGUUUGAACAGCAAUUGCGUGCAGCUCCCAAUUAUGGUAGGCUGCAGAAUAAGCUUAACUAUCUGAGCGAAUUAUGUAAAGUAAAGCUUCUGUCAGAUGGAAAGAAGGACAAUGAGGCUGUCACAUUUAAGCAAGAGUUGAAGAAAAAAAUUGAUGAUGCCUUGAGUGAUCCAAAAAUAAGGGAGACAUUUGAAGCAUUAAAGGCUGAAAUUAAAGGUGUUGGUGCAUCCUCAGCAAGUGAUUUGGAUGACGAGUUGAAGAAGAAAAUCAUUGAGUUUAUCAAAGAAGUAAAAGAAGUAAAAGAAGUAAAAGAGGUAAUAGAAAAUCAAAUUGAAAGUUUGGUAAACUCGUCGGAUGAUAUUAAGAGCAAGAUACUGCAAUUGAAAUUGGAGGUUCCUAAGGCUGGAGAGACGCCUGAUUCAGAACCAAAGAAUAGAAUUGGUGCUUUGGUGCAACUAAUUAAGCCGAGCCUAGUGGAGGCCGUUGACUCGUCUGGCUUAAAAGAUCUGUUUGAAAAUCUGGUGUCUAAUGAUGGAAGUUUGACACAUGAAGAUCCAGCUAGAGACAGUCUCACCGAUGACCAGUAGAGGGUGAAAGUUGGUGCAAACUGCACCAUUUCUUAAUAAAUGCUGCUCAUAUGGUGCUGGCUGCAACAAGUUAAUGAAUGGAAUAGUGAAAACUGCACCAGUGUGAGUGAUCUUGAUACAUUACCAUAUCAGCUGGUUGUACAUCAUCUAGAAUUAUGGCCAUACUUCUUAGGGACAAGUUUUGGUAAUUUUAAGGAGAUACCGUGUUAAUGGUGACUAAUAUUUUUUUCUGUAAUCUUCAAAUAGAGGACCAGAAGGGGGAAUAAAAUUGAAAACCAUGUUGUCUUUGUUUGAGUCAAAAUGUUGCAGUUAUAUUUUGAAUGAUUUUUUAUGUUUUCUUUUCUUUUCAUGUUCAUUUUGGUCUUUUUUAAUCAUUUAAAAUGUUCAAUUUUUCCCUAAAUAGACUUAGAUGAACAUUGUAUAAAUUGUUGAGUUUGAGGAACCGAGUAAUAUGACGCUUGGUACUGUAA